CAAUUUAUAAUUUAGUUUUUAUUUUUAGCGCUCAGUUUGCCAAAGCGCAUCGUUAACAGCGGUCAAACAUUUAGAAUAUCUCACCUAAACAAUACGCAAUCAAUCGCUAAGCAAGCUCCGCCUACUUGAGUUAAGCACACACACACACACACACAACUUUGUUAGAAAUCAAAGCUAGAAUGGCUCAAGAUCCCAUAAAUCAGCAGGCAUUCGCAGAGGAUGUGGCUGCUGCAGCUGCAGCUGGCGGUGAUCAGGGUUUCGCAGUGCCAGCGGGCAAUGGCGACUUUAAAAUGCCCAGUCCAGAGGAUAUAUGGAAAAUGGUAGAGGGUAUGGAAGGUAUUACCGAUGAUGAGCGUGCCGAGCUGCGUGAAAGCAUUUUUAAUCCAAAGCCGCCAUCAGCGGAGGACUAUAUGAAACAGUAUGGAGCAGGCGCAGUCGCGGGUCACAGUUCGAGGGAUUACAUGAUAUUCAUUGUAAUGAUAGCGCUCAUACUGCUCGUUUUUGCUCUGUUUGGCUUUAAAUUGUACAAAUCACUGACCGAAAAGGAACUCAAGAAGCAGGAAAAACUCAAGCUCAAGCAACAGAAGAAGUCAAAGAAGUCGAAUUAAGUUAGCCCAUAGCUGACGAUAUAUUUCUUCUGAACGAGCCUAGACGCUGUGCAAUAGAUUCUAUAAAAUUUAUAUUAAAUUGAUAAAUAACUUGCACUUUCUAAAUGCCUCAUUAAAUAAAUUCUCUGUAACUGAUUAAAUUGUAGAAUUUUAUGCAUGUAGUACAGUAGUUCAAUCACCUAGUAGUUUCUUUCGUUUGAAGUUAUUAUUUAUAGCUUUUCACCCUAAUCAUUGACAAUGGUAGAAUUGUUAUAUUUCAUAAAAAAAAAAUAGAUUAAAUUAGCUAUACCUUAUACUAAAAUGUACUUCUUACUAAAAGUUGGUUGCCAUGACAAAUAAAUAAAUCGUUUAGUCGAAGCUUUCUACGUCAGUUCAUAAA